AUGGAAGUGAACUUUGUCAUAAGGAAAGUCCGUUUUCAUGCCUGCGUUCCUUCUUGGGAAGCUUCAAAAGUCCAAAGAGCAUGCUUCUCCAUAGCUGCUGAUACCCUUUCACCAGCUCACUCUCUCUCUCAUUCAAAGAGAGAGACCAUAGUAUCUAAAGGUGGCACUUUUGAGCUCGGUUUCUUCAAACCAGGCACUUCAUCAAAAAUCUACCUGGGCAUAUGGUAUAAAAGGUUUCAUGAGGAAAUUGUUUGGGUAGCAAAUAGAGAAAACCCUUUGUCUCACCCAUCUUCCUCAAGACUUGAGCUCUCAGAAAAUGGCAAUCUACUCCUUUUUGACGGUUCCUCCGAGAUCCCAAUUUGGUCAACAAAUUUGACAUUUCCCCAGUCAAAUAUAACUGAAGCAGUACUUGGUGAUGAUGGAAAUUUUGUUUUGACAGGUAGAUCGAACACGUCUUCUAUAUUUUGGGAGAGUUUCGACCAUCCAACCGAUACAUUGCUGCCAGGAGCGAAGCUUGGGGUCGAUAAGGUUACUGGAAAACCACAGCAACUCAUUUCAUGGAAAAAUUCACAAGAUCCAUCACCUGGGGUGUUCUCACUCGGGUUAAACCCAAAUGGAACCAAUCAGUUUUUCUUAGAGUGGAACAGAUCCCAAAUCUAUUUGAGGUCGGAAGUUCUGAAUGAAACAUCUCUCAGAUCACAUUCUGAAAAGAGCAUGUUCUUCAACUUCAGUUUUGUGACAAGUAAAAUUAAUGAAAGUGAGAGAUAUUUUACUUACUCUUUUCGUAAUCCUUCUACCCUUGGUAGAUAUCGAAUUGACCAAACAGGACAGUUUAGGGCACUGGUGUGGCUACCUGGCGUCUCCGUUUGGAAUACAUUUUGGUCUGCACCGACGAACCUAUCAGAUGUCUACGCUUUGUGUGGUGCAUUUGGCGUGGUACAAUACCCUGACAAUUUCUCAAACCCUUGUGAGUGUCUAAAAGGUUUCAAACCAUUUUCGAUGGAAGACACCAGACUAAAUGAUUGGUCAGGCGGUUGUAUGUGA